AUGUCCCUUUCUGCAGGACCUGGCCCUGGAUGGCUACUCUUUUCAUUUGGAAUGGGGCUGGUAUCCGGGUCAAAGUGUCCAAAGAAUUGUCUGUGUCAAGGCCAAGAGGUGUCCUGCAUAGGGAAGCAGCUAACAGAAUACCCCGUUGACAUUCCCCUGGACACCCGGAGGCUGUCCCUGAAGGACAAUAGGAUCACUACUCUGCCAGCUAUGCAGCUAGGACUCCUCAGUGACCUUGUUUACUUGGACUGUCAGAACAACCGGAUUCGAGAAGUGAUGGAUUAUACCUUCAUUGGGGUCUUCAGACUCGUCUACCUUGACCUCAGCUCCAAUAACCUAACCUCCAUCACCCCAUCCAGUUUCUCAGUGCUCAGCAGCUUGGUGCACUUGAGCAUAGCCAACAACCCUCACCUGCUAUACCUUGACAAGUACACUUUCGCCAACACCAGCUCCUUGAGGAUCCUGGACCUCAGAAACACCAGCUUGCAGACCUUGGAAUAUACUGGCUUUAGUCACCUGACGGUACUGCAGACCCUAUAUCUGAGUGGAAACCCCUGGAAAUGCAACUGCUCUUUCCUGGAAUUUGUCAUUCACUUAAGAGUGUCUCUUCUGAACCAACCAGAUAAAUACAAUGCCACGUGUGCGGAGCCCGCUGGGCUGAUGGGGUGGCCCCUGGCAGAAGUCAGUCACCCGCUGCAGUACAUGUGCAUCACGCACUUGACCAACCAGGACUACACGUUCCUGCUGCUCAUUGGCUUCUGCAUCUUUGCCGCGGGCACCGUGGCCGCCUGGCUCACGGGCAUGUGUGCAGUGCUGUACCAGAACACCCACCGCAGGUCCAUGGGGGAUGAGCCCGAGGAGGAGCCCAUGGCUAAGGUGGAGAUCAGCAGGCAGCUUUUUCUAGGCAGGUCUAGCUCAGACCAGGGGAGAUUCCCUGAGGUGAUUUAG